AUGACAUCACAGACUAUAGGGAUAGUAGAUGGUAGUAAUAGGGCUCUUGAGGCCUGUCGAGAGGUUGAAGUUUCGAAAAAGCCUAGACUGGAAUUAGAUGAUGGUAACAGCAGUAAUAAUGAUGAGAAUGUGAAUGAUAAUACAGGACUCUUAGAAGUUACUAAAGCAGAUGAGUUAGAUGAAGUUGUUGAUAACUAUGCAAAAAGAAAUGGGAAUCAGGAGGUUACAAAUGAGUAUAUUCCUAAGAAGCCGGACAAACCAAUUAUUUUGACCAAGGAUUCUGACACAGGGAAAUAUGUUUUCCCGCCCAUUACCAAGGAGGAUUCUCUGAAUGCGCGAUAUUUUUUGAAAUAUCAUGGGUCAGCACAAUUUCUUGAUUCAUAUUUGCCCGAGGAUUUAAAUUCUUUAUAUGUGUUCCAUUUGAUUAAGCUUCUAGGAUUUCAACUUAAAGAUAGAGAACUUUUGGCUGCAGUGCAGAAAGCGGUUGUGAACAAUGUUGCGAUGGGAUCGGUAUCGCCGUUAGGUGCGAAUCCUAUGGCGGAGAAGGUUUCUCCCCCGCAGUUGUCGAAUACAAAUAGUACGGCUGGAGAGUCUUACGACGAUCCAUUAGAGAAGAAACAUGCUGUUCGGUUGAUUAAAGACUUGCAAAAGGCGAUGAACAAAGUGCUUAGCACACGUAUCAGAUUGGCCAACUUUUUCACUUUGGAUCAUUUCGUAGCAAAGUUGAAGACUGCAAAGAAAAUAUUAGUGUUAACAGGUGCAGGUAUCUCGACGUCAUUGGGCAUUCCUGACUUUAGAUCUUCAAAAGGUUUUUACUCCCAAGUGACAAACCUAGGGUUAGAUGAUCCACAAGAUGUGUUCAAUUUAGAUAUUUUUAUGGAAAAUCCAUCAGUAUUUUACACAAUAGCAGAGAAGAUCUUACCACCUGAACACAAGUACUCCCCUCUGCACAGUUUUAUUCGGAUGAUUCAAGAUGAGGACAGGUUGUUGCGAAAUUAUACACAAAAUAUUGACAACCUAGAGUCAUAUGCCGGCAUCCAAAAGGAAAAGAUCGUACAAUGCCAUGGUUCGUUUGCUACUGCAUCAUGUGUCACAUGUCAUCUGAAAAUGCCAGGAGAACGUAUCUUUCAACAAAUAAAAGAUAGAGAAAUCCCAUUGUGUGCUUAUUGUUAUCCCAAAAGGCAGGAACAGUAUCCAACAGUGACAGAUGAACAAGCAUCUCGUGGAGAAGAACCUCAGUCACAGAGUUCAAAUUCUUUAUUUCAUAUGAGCAGGUCUUUUGGAGUGAUAAAGCCGGAUAUAACCUUUUUUGGAGAAGCCUUGCCCUCCGAAUUCCACACGAAUAUUCGUCAGGAUGUUUUACAAUGUGACUUGUUAAUAUGCAUAGGUACCAGUUUAAAAGUUGCUCCUGUUUCAGAAAUUGUCAAUAUGGUGCCAGCACAUGUCCCCCAGGUUUUGAUCAAUAGAGACCCCGUAAAACACGCCGAAUUUGACUUGACCUUGUUGGGCUUAUGUGAUGACGUUGCAGCUCUAAUAGCUCAAAAAUGUGACUGGGAUAUACCCCAUGAAAAGUGGCAAGAGCUAAAAAAAACCAAAUUCUUGUUUGAUGAACGAGAAAGAGGUGUUUAUUAUAUUUAUGACCCUAUAAAAGAAAGUCAAAAAGUAGCCGCCGAGCAACAGUAA